AUGGCCGCAGACGACAACAGCCCCCUCCCGACACCCAAGAUCGACCUAGUCGAUAACUCGAAGCACACCUCGAGCGUUCUCGUCAAGUCUGUUGACGCUGAGGCCCUCGACGCGGCGGAGGAGGCCAUUGUGUCGUCGCAGGAGUUUACUGACGACGACUUUAAGCGGCUCCGGCGCAAAGUUGAUCUCGUUAUUAUGCCCGUGCUCAUGAUCAUGUACGGCAUCUACUACGCCGGCGAGUCGGUUCUCUCCCAGGGCGUACCUUUCGGCCUGGCAGAGGACACGAGGCUCAAAGGCAAUGAGUAUGGCAACCUCCAGACGUUUUACUACGUCGCGCUCGGCGUGGCGCAAAUGCCCAUCGGAUACCUCAUGCAGCGCUUCCCCAUCGGGCGCGCGCUAUCAGUCUUCAUCAUGGCGUGGGGCGCGCUCAUCAUGCUCUGCGCCGCGUGCACCUCGUAUGCCGGGCUCGCCGUCGUACGCUCCCUGCUCGGAUGCUUCAUCGCGGCCACGAUCCCAGGCUUCGCAAUCCUCACGUCGUCGUGGUUCUUGCGGGGCGAGCAGACGCUGCGCCAGGGACUGUACUACCAGAUGAACACCACCAUGGCGAUCGUGUUCGGUAUCGGCAACUACGCCCUCGCCAAGCGACAGCAGGAGCGCGGCGGCCUGUCGGGCUGGAAAGCGAUCAACCUGUUCAUCGGCGGCGUGACGCUGUUCAUGGGCCUCGUGAGCCUGCUCGUGCUCGGCACACCGGACGAGGUCUGGUGGCUGAGCAGGCGCGAGAAACGCAUCGCCAAGGCGCGUGUCGUGUCCAACGCCACUGGCGGCGGCGAGCAGCACCCGUGGCGCUGGGCCCAGGUGCGCGAGUGUUUCCGCGACCCGACGUUCUAUAUGGGCCUGGUGGCCAACAUCCUCUUCACGGUACCGAAUGGCGCUGUGGUGUCAUUCAUCACGGUGCUGCUGACGGGCUUUGGGUUCGACAACCUCCAACAAGUCCUGUUCCAGUUCCCACUGUACACCUUCAGCUCGCUUGACAUCGUGGCCUCGGCCGCCGUGGUGCACUACUAUCCGCGUCUCCGCUUCCCCGUGUGCAUCGCGAACCAAGUCAUCGGGGUGUUUGUGUUCCUGUUUGUCGGCCUCAGCCCGACGUCCAACACGUCGCGCUACGUAGUCUUCGUCAUGGUGGCAGCGUUCAAUACGCCCAUGUUCAUCAUCUGGCCGCUCAUGUCGGCCAACAUUGCCGGACGUACAAAGAAGACGUUCAACGCCGCGUGCAUGAUCAUGGCCUAUUCCGCGGGCAACGUUAUCGGGUCACAGAUCAUGCUGCCCUCCGACGCGCCGCGCUACAUCAAGGGCCUGACCGCCGUGUCGGCGUGCAUGGCGGCAAACCUGCUCGUCCUGCUCGCCUGGUGGCGCUACUACGUCGUCGUCAACCGGCGCCGCGAGGCCGCGUUCGUCGCGAGCGGCCUGGGGGCAGAGCAGCGCGAGCACGAGAGCCGCGUCGCGGGCGAGACGGACAUGACCGAUAUCGAGAAUCGGCACUUUCGGUACACUUGCUAG